AUGGUUGAGCUUAUCUCAGAUGAAAUACUCGAUUUGAUUUAUGAUGAAUCAAAUUUUUCUGGAUACAGUACAUACCUGCCACCUGAUUCUGAUGGUGCAGCACCCUGCCCCCCAGUGGGCUGGAAUCUCAACAAGUACUUUGUCAUCAUAAUAUACAUCCUCGUGUUCUUGCUAAGUUUGCUGGGAAAUUCACUGGUGAUGCUUGUCAUCCUCUACAACCGGCUCAACCGUUCAGUCACAGAUAUCUACCUGCUCAACCUGGCUAUGGCUGACCUGUUCUUUGCCCUGUCACUGCCCAUCUGGGCUGCCUCCAAGGUGCAAGGAUGGAUCUAUGGCACAUUUCUUUGCAAGUGCGUUUCCCUUCUGAAGGAGGUCAACUUCUACAGUGGCAUUCUGCUGCUGGCCUGCAUCAGCAUAGACCGCUACCUAGCCAUAGUCCAUGCUACCCGUGCUUUGACUCAGAAACGCCACUGGGUAAAGUUCAUCUGUAUGGGCAUCUGGGUUAUGUCCUUGCUCCUGUCCAUGCCCAUUGUUCUCUUCCGUGAGAAACUAGAGAUAAAAGAUUAUGGCUUUGUCUGUUAUGAGAACUUUGGCAACAGUACUGAUAAAGGGCGGCUGAUACUGAGGAUGCUAUCCCAGAUCUUUGGCUUUGCCCUGCCCCUACUGGUCAUGCUCUUCUGCUACGGCUUCACCAUGCGCACCCUUUUUGAGGCACACAUGGGGCAGAAGCAUCGGGCCAUGAGGGUCAUCUUUGCCGUAGUGCUUGUGUUCUUACUCUGCUGGCUGCCUUACAAUCUGGUGCUGGUCACUGACACCCUCCUGAGGACCCACCUAAUUGAGGACACUUGCCCACGAAGGGAGGCAAUUGAACAGGCCAUAAAUGCCACUGAGGUACUGGGCUUCCUCCAUAGCUGCCUCAACCCCAUUAUCUAUGCCUUCAUCGGACAUAAAUUUCGAUAUAGCUUUCUCAAAAUCUUGGCUGCCCAUGGUAUGGUCAGCAAAGAGUUCUUAGCCCAGCACACCAAGCCCUCAGUCCGUGGUUCCUCCUCUGGAAAUACCUCUACCACUCUUUGAAGAUCUUUCUUGUCCAGAUUUUAUGAGUUUUUCACUGUCCUUUGUCCUUCUCGCAAUAAUCUUCAAAACUUCACUCUUAAAUGAGUUAGCGUCUCCUUUUCCAUGCAUGUCUCCCCCAUAUGGAAUGGAAAGAAAGUGAGAACCCUAUUUAAGAAUACCACUUCAACCAGAUGAUACAGCAAUUACGUCUACCUCUACAAUUAUCUUGAACUCUCGGGUUGCAGUUGCCAUAUUUUUUUUAUUUUUUGUUGAGGAAUUUGGGGCUAAGUGCAGGGUCACACCCCUAGGAAAUAUUAAGUGUCUGAGGCCAGAUUUGAAUUCAGGUUCUCCUGACUUCUACAGCUGCCAUAUUAAUAGGACAGCUCCUAUUAUUCAAUUCCCUUUGUUCACAGCAUGAUUUCUUGAGAUUUUAAAGCCUAGAUCCCAUUUAGGGUACCUAUUGUGAUUCUACAGCAGAAAGAGGGUAUGGAGUAGGACCAGGGGAAGUAUCAGAUUUUAUAAAUCAGUCUGUUUUCAUAUAUUCUCUUGAUUAUCAUUGGAGACAACUAGAUGAAUCAGUCGAUAAGAGUGCUGAAGUUUAAAUUUGGCCUCAGAUACACACUACCUGUGUAAUCCUCAGUAAGUUACUUUACAUCUUAAUCCACUGAAGAAGAAAAUGGCAGAGCAUUCCAGUAUCUUUGGCAAGAAAACCCCAUACCGGAUCACAAAAAAAGUUUGACAUAACUGAAAGCCUGAAAAACAACAAUCGUGUCUAUCAAAAACCUGAAAAUGGGAGAGAGAAAUUAAACUUGAAGAUAGACUUCUAGUCAGCCACUUGCAAAGAUAAUCCUGAUUCCUAGUCUCACUCUUGGACUUGUUCUGCCAAAAAUAAAUUUUAUUAGGAAAAGUCUCUUUUACUUGUCCAUCACUUCCUUUGUUGCAAUAAGAGUCAGAGACAUAAAAUGAGUGUUAGACAUUGUGGAAGGGCUCAAAAGAGUAGCAAUCAAGUUCAGUAGAUGGGUAUAUGGUAAGUUCUUUGCUCUUUUGGGCUAGCCAAUAGCUCCUUUCUAUUCUGACAGGUGUGAAAUUCAAUCUUUCUCACCUACAAAUGCAAAUGCACAAAUAUUGUUAAGGAAUUGAAAAAAAAGAUUAAGUAUUUGAAAAAUAUAAAAAAGAGGGCAUGAGAAGAUUCAUAUAUGGUCAUACAAAGUGAGUUAGUGGAACCAAGAGAACAAUAUGCACAAUGACUACAACAAUGAAAAUUGAAAGAACCACCACCAAAAAUGGAAAUUAUAUGAAGUUAUAAUGACCAAUUUUGGUUCCAAAGAAGAGACAUAAGAACAUACUUCCCUACCUUCUUUGAAGAGAUAGGGAACCCAAGUAUGAAAUACAUUCAAGUAUCAGACUUGUGUUUAUUAGUUUUGUUGAACUCAUUUUUCCCUCUUUUAUUUUUUGCUCUAAGAAAUAGCUCUGGAAAGGACCACAAAGCCAGAAUAUAUUAAUAAAUGAUAAUAUUAAAAUAUGUAAAUUAUUUAAGAGUGAAAGUAAGUGAGAAAACAGGGGAGGGAGAAAGUUAUGUGCAAUUCAUUCAAGAAAAAUGUUCUGAAUGAUUUUGCUCAAAUCUCUAAAGGAACAUUGUCAAGGAGAGUAGAAUCAGUUGCUGGACAUCAAUUUGUGAAGAACUAGAGGAAAUAGUCAGUAAAAUGGAAUGGGUUUAGAUUUUAAGGAAGUCUAUUACCACUCAUAUGAAAGAGUGUUCCAAAUCACUAUUGAUCAGAGAAAUGCAAAUUAAGACAACUCUGAGAUACCACUACACACCUGUCAGAUUGGCUAAAAUGACAGGAAAAAAUAAUGAUGAAUGUUGGAGGGGAUGCAUUGUUGGUGGAGUUGUGAAAAAAUCCAGCCAUUCUGGAGAGCAAUCUGGAAUUAUGCCCCAAAAGUUAUCAAACUGUGCAUACCCUUUGAUCCAGCAGUGUUACUUCUGGGCUUAUAUCCCAAAGUAAUACUAAAGAAGGGAAAGGGACCUGUAUGUGCCAAAAUGUUUGUGGUAGCCCUGUUUGUAGUGACUAGAAACUGGAAAUUGAAUGGAUGCCCAUCAACUGGAGAAUGGCUGGGUAAAUUGUGGUAUAUGAACAUUAUGGAAUAUUAUUGUUCUGUAAGAAAUGACCAGCAGGAUGAAUACAGAGAGGCUUGGAGAGACUUACAUGAACUGAUGCUAAGUGAAAUGAGCAGAACCAGGAGAUCAUUAUACACUUCAACAAUGAUACUGUCUGAGGAUGUAUUCUGAUGAAAGUGGAUUUCUUUGACAAAGAGAUCUAACUCAGUUUCAAUUGAUAAAUGAUGGACAGAAGCAGCUACAUCCAAAGAAAGAACACUGGGAAAUGAAUGUGAAUUAUUUGCAUUUUUGUUUUUCUUCCCAGGUUAUUUUUACCUUCUGAAUCCAAUUCCCACUGUGCAACAAGAGAACUGUUCGGUUCUUCAAACAUAUAUUGUAUCUAGGAUAUACUGCAACAUAUUUAACAUAUAUAGGACUGCUUGCCAUCUAGGGGAGGGGAUGGAGGGAGGGAGGGGAAAAAUCGGAACAGAAGCAAGUA